AGCAGUCACAAAAACAGAGAAUAAAACCAUCAAAGUCAUAUGGACGGUUUUCAUAUACUACUAUACAGCAAAUCAAGUCUUAGUCUUCUUUGUUUACCAAAAUGUCGUGCGAAAAGUGUGCAAUUAUUUUCGAGUCCGAUUCCAAGCUUCGCUCUCAUAUCAGAGAAAAGCACCAACUCUCGGUCACAGUAAACAUCCCAGAUGGAGAUAGCACUAUCCCCAUUACUGUCUCCAAGAACACGGAAGUCAACUUGUUCUACUGUACUUGUGGCUUUUCUGCCAAAUGGCCGGCAACUUUCAGAGCCCAUGCCAAACAGUGUGCUAGCUUCAUCGACACACACUCACUUGUUUCAACAACGGGUGACAACAAUCAACAGUCUAUGUCAUCUGCUGAGGAUCCUUCUGUCGUUACAGAAGCUCAGCUCAACUCGAGUGGUUCUAGCUCGUCUUCUGAUACAGACGAGUACGAAACAGCUGCCACCGUUCCCUUAGUGAAUGCAGCAACUGAUUACGAGGAACUUCGUUGGGUCCCAACAUCUUGCCCUGACGUUGGUAACGACGAGGUAGGACCUUUGGCCUUGGAACUGUCUUCCCUUGGCCUUAAGCUUAUUCAAGGUCCUUUGCUCAUUUGCAAUACUUGCUCGUCAAUUAUUCCCAUGGAAAAACUUGCGAGCCAUCUGAAAAAGCAUAAGCUUGAGAUGUCUAAAGACUUACAUCUUACUUUGGAGAACAUUCGUUUCUUGCGUUUGGAUAGUCUUAAGUCUCAUUGGUCUUCGCAAAGUAAUCUAUGA